CCGGGGACACUUGUCCACCAUGGCAGAGUUUGCUUCAACAUCGUCUACCGGUCGCAAAAGAAAAACUAAUGGAGCAAAUUAUGAAGAAAAAGAAAGUGGAAACUAGGAGAAGUCAAACCAGAGUCAAUAUCGGAGUUGCUUUUCAACGAUGGCGACUACUUAUGGAGCACACCGAGCUGAUAUGUAACGUUACCGCAGCCUGCGCUCGCCAGCUAGCCAGACGUGUGGCUCAGCUUCGGUGGUUGCAACGUUGAGCUUACCUGCCGAUUCAGGACAAUCAUGGAUGACCUGGUCAAUUUCAUAACGGCAGUGCUUCCAGGCUCUGGACUGCAACCUAUAGUGGAUGUACUUGACAACCUUGGCGUGACUACUGUGGAAGAUCUAAACUUUGUGGAAGUAGAUGACCUUGGAGGUAUCCUGAAGAAAGUUGAAUGCAAAAAGCUUCUUGCUCGUGCCAGAAGUUAACUUACAACAUCAGUUCAGAAAUGGCAGGAUGUUCGUCUGUGGCCAGUACCUCUUACACAGGCUCGCCUGCAAGCUCUGUCUCCAUUCCUGUCAGUCCAAGCCCUUUUUCUUCUGGUAGAAGACCCUCUACAGACACUCAGAGCAGCGGUACUGAGAGAUAUGAUGGACGGUUGGACGACUCCUGCCUAGGCUCACCUGCAAGCUCCUUGGAUCUGCAUGGUGGAACUGAAAUGGCCUCCACCAGUGAAUGCUCCAUUAGCGGUGGGAAGGGAACAGCAGCACUGGACUAUAACUGGCACUACAGCUUCAACAUACCGUGGAACCUCAUGCCUUCGCAUAUAAAGAAGAUACUGGAGAAGAAAGAACGGCCAACUGCGAGGGAUAGAAGAGAGAUCAUUAGGUUGAUAUCUGCAGAAAUUGUGUCUUUCUGCAAAAAUCCUCAAAAGAAGCACUUGAGUGAAGUUGCCUGCAAGAUGGUAGUGGACUAUCCCAAGUCCUUCAAGGAUGAGAUUGAGAAUCAAGUAGUAGGUAGUGGCUACGAUUCCAUAACGAAACAACUACAAUGCAGAGUGGACAACUACAAAAGGUUGGAGCUACCAACAAUGACUCAUUCCAGCAGUGCUGACAAGGGAAAGAAGAGACGGAGGAAGGAUGCGUAUGGAUGUGUUGUUAACCCUGAACCUCAACUGUCUGCAAAUUGUGAAGCACAGAAGAACAUGAAAGGGGAACUACACAAGAUGUUUGAGGGAAAUGAGAAAGGCGAGAAGAAAAUAGAGGCAUUGAUGAUGAACACGUUUGCCUCCCAGAAAAGAGAUGUUCAAAAUGAAAAAGACACACAGACCUUGAAAGAAGAAUGGCCCUAUCUUUUCACCACAACAGGAUUGAAGACUCAUUUCAAGGAACUAACAGGUGUCCACAUAAAUCAUGAAUUCCAAGAGGACAUGAAGAGCAAAUACAAAAGAGUCCUGGGAUAUUUGAAGUCUCAGCGCCCGGCGAGAGAAAGUCGUGCAGCAAAACUCCUAACCAUCAAAUCCAGGAAAUCCAGGUGA